AUGGUGAAUAUGGAGAGACCAGGGGUGUUCAGUCCAUGUGACUGCUCAGCCCAGAAGGGAAAUCUCGCCGAGCUCAAGGAGCCUUACUCACAAGUGUUUCCAGUUAAAGCAGAGUCAGAAUCAGAAGACGCCCCACAGGGUAGCACUGCUGCUGUAUCCAGAAGAAGUGAGCUUCUGGAGUUUCUUCAGCCAGAUGAAGAUAUAAUAACUACUUCAAGUUCAGGAUUUUAUGAUUCCCUGCAAACUCUCCAAAGAAAAAAAAAGCAAUGCUUACUAGAACUAGGUUUGAUGUACCAGGUAAAACUGGAGAACAGCCACAAGCUAUCCACAGAUGUCAAGGAGUUGGAAGACUUUUUCCAGGAUAAUGGAAGAUUGACAGUGCCAAGAACGUACCAUGAAGCUCUGAAAUCUGGUAACAUAAGACACUACAGCUCUUUGACUGACCUUGGUACAGAUGGCCCAACCAAUGAGCAAACCCGUCAUUCAUUUCCUCAGUUUUUUUCAAGACCAAAGAGUGCCUCUGCUGCAUGGAUCUCCUCUAUCACAGUUCCCCAGCCCUUCAAAAUGACACUUCGAGAAGCUCGUAAGAAGUCCCAGUUGUUAAAAUCACACACAGUUCUUGAGAAAGACACAUAUAAGAAGCAAAGCCAAGAAGAAGCUGAAUGCCAAAAACAGUUCAGAGCACAACCUGUGCCUGCCCAUGUCUAUCUUCCACUCUACCAGGAAAUCAUGGAAAAAAAUGAAAUUCGGAGACAAGUGGAGACGCAGAAGAGAAGGGAGCUGCUCCUUUCCACACAGAAACCUUUCAGCUUUCAAGAAAAAGAAGAAAAGAGAAAGGAGGCCAUCAGACAGAAGGUUCUGGAAAUAUUGGCUUCAGCUGAGAAAUCAGUACCAAAAGUCGGAAAGACGAUCUCCAGAUCCAUUCACGAACCAAUGUUUGGGGAUAAACUCAAAGAAGCUGAAUUAUUCAGAAAAAUCCGUAUUCAGAUGAGAGCCAAGGAUUUACUGGAAAACUCUUGGGCUCCCGUUGAACUUGGCAAUAGACAAAGGGGGAAAGAAUCACAAAUUGCCUCCAGAAACAGAGAGCAAAAGCUCAGCUUUCUGCAGGACAACUUCAGUUUUAAACCAAGAAUUAACACAUCAGUGCCUGAUUUUGAAGGACUUUACUGGGCAUUCCAAAGGGAAGCAAUAAACAAAAGAGAAAUCAAAGAAGCAACUCACAAUAAACCAUUCAAAUUAAGAACAUCUAAUCUCCGUUGUAAACAUCAGAUGACUAACCAGAAGAUGCCGGAUUGUCAGCAAUCUUCCAAGACUCCAAUACAAAGAAGUCGUUCCUUGACUUGUCUGUCUUCUCUUUCCGCCAACACACUUCCAGUCUACAUUACAGAUGCAGUGAGGAAAAGAGAAUCUGCUAUUAAAUCUCUCCAACAAGAUAAAAAGUACAAGGAAAAUGAAGGCAUUCGCUGGGCAGAGCAGCAGAAGAGGAAAUGUCAGGCUAUGCAGAAGUCCGUGAAUUAUCGAGCGAAAGCUAUGGACCCUCAUAAAAGCUUGUAUGAGACUCAUAAGGAAAAGCUAGAACAAAACUGGCAGAAUGACCGAAAGAGAACAAAGGAGUAUGAAAAAGAACUAGAAGAUAUGAAGACGCGAGUGAAAAACAGACCAUAUCUGUUUGAACAAGUAACAAAGUGUGGUGCCCGUCAAGGGGCACAAAGACUCUAUAGAGACACUUUGCAACAAUUUGGAUUGAAUGAAGAUUUUGUAAGAAGCAAAGGGAGAGAAGCCAUUGACUUAGUGGGGAUCGAGCAGUCUGAAUCAAAAAGGUACUUGAAGUAUAUGAAGCCAUUUUCAUCUACAUAAUUUUCUACUUUUUCCUGGUAGAUGUGA